AUGAAUGAGAAGGAAAUCAAUCCAAUAGGCUUUGUGAACGAGCGAGCAAAGGAAAUACAGGCAAUAGAGGCUGCCAUUGAUGCAAGCAGGAGAAAGUCCAUGAUGUUCCAGAGACUUCCGUUUUAUCUGAGAAGGCGUACAAGAAGCCAUGAAAAGAGAUCACGAAGAAGAAAAAACGUAAGAAGGAAAGAUAGACACGGGCUAAGAACACAUACCUGGUAUGCAAAGAGAUUUGAAAUGGUAAAGGCAUGGGGUACAUCAAUCCCAUUCAGAAGGCGGCUUAAGAGCAGCAAAUUCAUAUACAAAUCACAGAGCAGAGGAUAUGUUUUUGACGAAUCGUACAAAAAGGCUGUUGUUUAUGAAAGACAAAGCACACUAUCAUUUGCAUCUGUACUGGGAAUCAAUCUCGAGAUGGAGGAUGUUAUCCAGACGAUUGUCUUCGGCAAUGCUAUGCUUGAAGUGAUUGUGAGCGAGAAGUAUGUUGUUGUUAUUUCUGCCGAGGAGGAAAGCCUGAAGGUUUGUACUGAAGGGAUGGCUGAGCACAGUAGAAUUGAGUGCUGUUUGUCGAUCAUAAAGGCUGAUGAGAUGUUUUUGGACAUUGCCAUUGAGGAAUCAAGCAGGUUUGCAAAAAUAUAUUGCAAUAAGAGAUGCCUGCGAGUUGAGGAUGCGGUAGAUGGAGAAGUAGAUAGAAUUUUAUACAUCAGAAGCAUGUCAGAGCACGAGUCUGGAAAGAUUCUUGUUAAGAGGGGUCAGGUAAUGGGUCUUUGGCAAGAUAUGAUAAAUGCAGGGAUGGUGCCUAUAUGUGUCGAGGAGCUACAAAGGCUUGCAUUUGAAAAUGAAUACAUGGUGUAUCCUUUUGAUUAUCCCAACAGCAGUCUCUAUAAAGAGCUUGAGCGCUCGUGUGUGGAUCCUGUCCGAGAAAAGUACGAGCGAACACCGAUUUCGAAGAAGAUGCAUAUUGAUACUGGCCUGAUGUAUCUUGCAGCUGAUGGCAUUGUAUCGUUUGUGGUAUUUGAGCUGGAAAAGGGCCAUGCCGAUAGAUGUGCACUCAUUUAUGACGAGAGUGAUAGGCUGAUAGGAAGAGUGGUAAGGGGAGGGUUCUGGUUCACUAGAGGAUUAUGCGGAGGCCUGGCAUAUGUUACAAAUGAUGUGCAAAGUGGAGCAGAGUUUUAUCUGAGAAACAUUGAUUCAAAGCAUUUUUAUCAGAUCCGAGUUACAAAGGUUUUUGAUUGCAAGAAGGAAACGGAAUUUAGCCAAGCAGUGUUUGGUGGUAUGUGUAUGACAAAUGCAUGUACCUAA